UGUAUUGGUCUGUCUCACUGUCUAUCAUGACUGUAACCCAAUUGCAGGAAGCUUAAUUUACCCUGUUCUGUUCCACAGCAUAUGAAAUUCCAAUGCCGUUGCGACGAUGGGUAUCAACACAAGAAAAAAAAAAUCAACCAAGUUCAUCCAAUACAUGCUGUUCUCUGCCCAUGUUUUGUUCCCAGGCCAUGCACGCAAAAUAGCUAUCGAAUCCGGUCAGAACCAAAUUGCAAAGUUAAACAAAGAGUAUCUUCUUUCUAGACAAAGAGAAGAAUUAUAUGAUGAUGAUAAUGAUGAUGAUGAUGAUGGUGUUGGUGAUAGUGAUGGUGACCAUGGGUUUUCUCAGCCGCUUAGACCUUCUAUACACACUGACCACUUCAAGCACUGUGAUCCACGACAUCCAAAGACGCCAUGUAUCCUGGGUCCAUUCGUGGUUGCUCCUCUCAUGGGAGCCGCACGAUUUCACCAGUGUAAAGGAUGCUUUUUAUGUUUCAAGGCGGCUGAGUUCGUGUCCUCCGCACCUCCAAUCGCUCCGAGCGACAACAAUCGAGGUCGUUGCAUUCCGAUUAUCCAUGUAGAAUGAAGGCGAAAGUGAAUGGAAACAGUUGCUACCACUUGCCCCGUGCAUCGCUCAGUCGUCCGCCAUCCACGGGUGCUCUAAGACUUCGCUGACAGUCAACCGAUUGUCGACAUCUCGGUCAAGCAUUCUUCGAAUCAGGUCGAUGCAAUCCUCGGAGAAGGGCAAGA